AUGCCUGGAAGCACCAAACCAACAACGAGUAGCAGCUCUACUUCUCCUACAAAGAGAAUGACAUCGUCAAGCUCUGCAUCAAAACCUCCAUCGGCAAAGGGAGAGAAGAUGACAGCAAAACAAAGAAAAUUAUUGGAGCAAAAAAAAGAAGGAGGAAGAGGAAAGACUAAAGAAAGAGGAAGAAGAGAAGAAAAGAAAGGAGGAAGAGGAAGAACGGAAAAGACAAGAGGAGGAAGAACGAAAGUUAAUGGAGGAGAGAAGAAGAAGAGCAGAAGAAGAGCGAAAAAGGUUGAAUGA